AUGGAGUCCCCCAUAAUAAAACACGAUCAAAUCAACGACACAAACAUUAAUAUCUCAUCCGACCACCAAUUCAACUGCCACCCCAACACCGGUAACAAACACUAUCUCCUCAAGUGUUGCGGCUGCAUAGCCGCCUUAACCUCGAUUCUAUUCGUUACGUUUCUAAUCCUCUUCUUCACCAUCUUUCGAAUAAAAAAUCCGAUUAUCAAACUCAAUUCAAUCACCAUAAAUGGCGUCAUGAUCGACACUAAUGGUUCCAAUUUCAUAUUAAUCGCUGACGUCUCAAUCAGGAACCCUAACUUGACUGCCUUCAAGUUUGGAAACGCAACCACUGAGAUUUACUAUGGAGCCAAGGUGAUGGGAGAAGAUAUAAUUCCGACUGGAGAGAGUAAAGCAAAGGAAACAAUGCGGAUGAACAUGACGAUUGAAAUCAUGGCUGGGAAACUCUUAGAAGACACCAAUUUUCGGUCGGAUCCGAAAACGGGAGAAUUGAGGAUGAGAAGUUAUACUAGAAUUGAAGGAAGAGUGAAGAUAACGAGAUUAGUGAAGAAACAUGUUGUGGCCACGAUGAAUUGUACAAUUAUUAUUAAUGUCAAGUCGAUGGCGGUAGAAAAUCAGAAUUGUUGA